CCGACUUCACUCCCAUCAUUCCCUAAGAACACCGACACGAUGAGCACCAAUGACAGGACUCUCAGCAACGAUGCCGCUCCGGAAACGGAGGCUGAGUUGGAGGCAUUUCGACAGCAAUGGCGGGAAGAAGUGUCAGCUAGGAACAAGCAGUCCAAGGCGGGACCUUCGAGGCCCAAUCCGGUAGACACAACCAAGUCGAAGCAGACUCCAGCCGGACCGUCGCAACCAGUUGCGUCUGGGUCAGCUCUUCGCAACGAACGCUUUCACGAAGAGACUGCGCCCAAGGCGUACCAUGAUCUACCGGACAAGGAGGAGCAGCUGAGAUUAGGUGAGGAAGGCCAGGAGCUUAGUAGGAACGUCGUCGCAGAACCAACGUCAGCACUCGAGCACUAUGAGAGAGCAGUAGAGAAAGAGACUCAAGGCCAUCUGAGCGAGAGCAUGAGACACUACAGGAAAGCAUUCAAACUCGACGAUGGCGUGCACGAAGCCUACAAACGGAAGCAUUUCCCUGCGUCGUCCUUCCAAAAGCCCAAGCCAGCAAAUCCCAACCCUUCAAAUGCAUCCUCCACAGUGCCACGCACCGAUCAUCACUCCCUGCAUGGCAGUGCUGUCGGCGAAGGACUUCCAGCCACACUCAAGCAGAUGGUGGAACAGUUCUCGGCUAUGCGCAUCGAGCCGCCAGAACCCGAAACAAGCCUUUCGCCGAAUGAGAGAUGCCCCCUCGCCGAGUUGCCAGAGGAGCUGCUUACGCAUAUUCUCAUGGACCUGGCUAUCGAUGACGUUGCUUCUUUCGCUCGACUUGCACAAGUCUGCAAGAGGCUGGCUUACUUGGUGUUGACAGAAGACUCGAUCUGGAGGCAAGUGGCUAUGAGUUCAAAGUAUGGCUUCCCAUCGAUGCAUUACGAUUUCCCUGUUGAGAUCGACGGCUCACCUGUGGACCAAAACGAGCAACUCGCCAAAUACAUGGCGUCGAACGCUGAAGAUGCAGACGAGGAGAUUCCAAUGCCACCGACUCCUGAAGAACGCGCAGUCGCCUUCUCUGCGCUCACCGAUAGUUUGCUCGUAUCGCACUACUCCUCCUCCUGGCGCCAGAUGUUCAGAUCGCGUCCGCGAAUACGCUUCAACGGCUGCUACAUCUCCACCGUAAACUACACUCGCGCAGGAGCAACUUCGACUAACACUCUCACCUGGGGCGCUCCCGUACACGUGGUUACAUACUUCCGCUACCUCCGCUUCCUUCGCGAUGGGUCCUGCAUUUCCCUACUCACGACCGCCGAACCCGCCGAUGUAGUUCACCAUCUCACGCCUGAGAAUCUCCACUCCGAACACUACGGAAACGUCCAAUAUGUCCCUUCAGCAGUGAUGAAAGAUGCUCUUCGCGGCCGCUGGCGUCUUUCCGGACCAGCAUCAAGCCAAGCGAGUCAUUACGACCCUACCACAGGCAGGUUCGAAGACGAGGAAGUCGAGGGCGAUGUUUUGAUUGAGACAGAAGGCGUGGUGCCGAAGUAUACGUACCACAUGUUCCUCGGUCUGGCGCACGCGGGCAAGGGAGCCAGAAACAACAAGCUCGCCUGGAAAGGAUUCUGGAGCUGGAAUCGAUUGACAGAUGAUUGGGCGAGGUUUGAGCUGAGGAAUGAUAAGGCUUUCUAUUGGAGCAGAGUAAAGAGCUAUGGGGAUGGAGUGUAGAUGAUGCUUUGAUGGGACGAGAUCCGUGAGGUUCGCAUCUGCGAUACUUGUCGUGAGGGAAGAGUAGAUUUUUGUCCUACGGAUUUAUUACGCUAUUGCUAAUUCAGAACGAAGUACGUUGAGUGUGGAACAGUCCUGGAAACACAGUCAAACAUCGCCACAAAGCCAGUCACUUUUCCCCUCGUCAAUCAUCAACAUCACUCUCAGUCCCGGGCGCGCUAAAGUCAAACGCCUGCAAAGUCCUUGCAACCUCCAAAAUACUGUCCGUACUCAGAACCUUUCCCUCCUUACCUCCAGCC